GAGGCAAGCACAUCAAGCAGGAGUGAAAAUGUGAACAUUCAGGAACAGGAAGCCAUUUCUACUCAACAGCAGGAGCUCAGAGCCAUGGCCUCUGCCCAUUCUUUGAGGAAGCUACUGGAAGAAGUGGUCUGUCCCAUCUGUCUGGGUUACUUCAAGGAUCCAGUGAGCAUAGACUGUGAACACAACUUCUGCCGAGUUUGUAUCACAGAGCACUAUGAACAAAGGAAAAUGGAAACAGAGGGAGUUUUCUGUCCACAAUGCAGGAAAAAUAUCAAGAAAGAGAAUUUCCAGACCAACAGGCAGCUUGCCAGCAUAGUGGAAAAUAUUCAGCAAUUAGGGAUAAAAUCUGAAGACCUAAAAAAGCAGAUAGUCUGCAGGCAACACAAGGACAAAGACAAGCUGUUCUGUGAAAAUGAUGAUGAGGUGAUUUGUCUGGUUUGUGAUAAAAUCCAGGAGCACAGAACUCACACACUGGUGCCCAUCGAGAAGGCUGCACAGCAAUACAAGGUGAAACUCCACAAUGACAUUGAGCUUCUGAAGAAAGCGAGAGAGGAGAUUUCAAAGCUGGAAUCCAGAGAGCAAAAUAAACCAAAAGAGUGGAAAGAAAGAGUAAAGUGCCAGAAACAGCGAAUCUUGUUUGAAUUUGGGAAACUACAACUACUUCUGAAUGAGGAAAAGAAACUCUCUCUCCAGGGACUGGCCGAGGAAGAGAGGGAGACUCUGAAGAAACUAAAUGAGAAUGUAACCAAACUCGCCCAGCAAAGCUCCUCUCUUCAGCAGCUGAUCUCAGAGAUGGAGGAGAAGUGCCAGCAACUGGCCACUGAGCUGCUGCAGGAUGUAAAGGGCACACUGGCCAGGAGUGAGCAGGUGAGGCUGCAGGGACCAGAGCUCAGUGCUGCUGAACUGAAGGAUGCAUACAGAGUCCCCAGCAUGAUGGAAGUGCUGAGGAAAUUCACAGUGGACGUGACUCUGGAUCCAGACACGGCAAAUCCCAACCUCGUCCUGUCUGAGGAUCGGAAAAGUGUGAGACUCGGAGACAAACGACAGGAUCUGCCCAACAAUCCUGAGAGAUUCGAUACAGGCCCCAAUGUCUUGGGUUCUGAGGGGUUCAAGGGUGGGAAGCGUUACUGGGAGGUGGAGGUGGGAGACAAGCCUGAGUGGGCUCUUGGGGUUUGCAGGGAAUCUGUGAGCAGGAAGGGGAAGGUCUUCCUCUCCCCUGAGGAUGGAUACUGGGCUGUGUGGCUGAGGGGUAAGAAAUAUGAGGCUCUUACCGAUCCCUUGAGCCUCCUCCCAGUGAGCAUCAGGCCCAGCCGGGUGGGGAUUUUCCUGGACUAUGAGGCGGGUGAGGUCUCCUUUUACAAUGUGACUGACAGGUCCCAUCUCUUCACUUUCACUGGCACCUUCUCCGGGACGCUCUGCCCUUUUUUCUGUCCUGGUCUCAACACUGGGGGUGAAAACGCGGCUCCCCUGAUCAUCUGCCCGGUCCCAGCUCAGGCCGGAGGGAAUCUCUGUCCCUGACAGUGACACCUGUAGCAGAGACUGGCCCCUCCCAGCGCUGACCAGCCCCCAAGUCUGUUCUCCUAGGGAUGGUCUAAAGGGCAUCAUCUGCCUGCCCCCUCCACCCCCUUCUCUCUCAGUUCCCAGCACCAGGCCUGUGAGCUGUGGGAGGGGAGAGAGGCUGAGAAGGGGGUACAGGAAGUAGGCUGCAGGGGCAGAGAGGCAUGGGUGCAAUGUCAGGGGUGGCACAGUGGUGUGGGGAGGGGCCUGAAGCAUCAGGAAGGGAAGAGCCCAGA